GCCAGCCGUGCUGUGAAACUCUGGUUCAUUGAUGUCCCUUCUCCUUACACCAAAGUCUCAUAUCCUUUCUCUUUUUAAAUUUUUUUGAAUUUAAAUUCUUUGUAGAUAAACAGUCAUAGACUACUGAAUUGAGUAAUGAUGUGAACAUAUAGACUGGGUUUACUCCUCUUGUGGGUUUGGAUUUGAUUUUAGUGCUUUCUUUGUGUGUAUUUAGGGUUUUCUUAUUUAAAUUGUUUUGAUUUUUGCAUGGGUUCAGAGGUGGAAGAGGUCCUGAAAGAAGAGAAGAAAGAUGUGGAAGCUAGGAGAGAGUUAUGGUAUAAUUAUAGCAUACAGAACAACUGUACAAGGUGGUCUUGUGUUAGACAUGUCUGUUGUUUGUGCAAGUAAAAGCUUGAGCUCUUAAAGAUCCAUUGAGAAAUUCUAAAGAGUGUCACAGUCCGCACUAAACAAAGACUUUAAAGGAGGUUUUGAUCUAAUUAGAUCGAUCUCUUCUCAGUUUUUGUUUCACUUCAGUCAUGAAGAGAUCACUUGGCAGCUCAGAUUCCCUGGGUGCUUUGAUGUCAAUAUGCCCAACCACAGAUGACCACAGUCCAAGGACCAAUCAUGUCUACAGCAGAGAUUUUCAGUCCAUGUUGGAUGGUUUAGAUGAAGAAGGUUGCAUUAAUGAAGGCGGGGGUUAUGUCGCAGAGAAGAAGAGAAGAUUAAGCGUAGAUCAAGUGAAGGCUUUGGAGAAAAAUUUCGAGGUUGAAAACAAGCUUGAACCUGAAAGAAAAGUUAAACUUGCACAAGAACUCGGCUUGCAACCGAGACAAGUUGCUGUUUGGUUCCAAAACCGCCGAGCUCGCUGGAAAACUAAGCAAUUAGAAAGAGAUUAUGGCGUCCUUAAAGCCAACUAUGAUUCUCUUAAGCUCAAUUAUGACGCUCUCCAAGACGACAAAGAAGCUUUGCUCAAAGAGAUAAGGGAACUGAAACUGAAGCUGAAUGAAGAAAAAAUUGAAGGCAAUACUCUUUCAGUAGUGAAAGAAGAAAUCAUUGUGCCUGAAACUGAAAACAAAGCACUUGUUGAAGAAAGUAAGCCACCGCCUCCGGUGAUGACAUCUUCUCUGGCUGCGUCUGAGACUGAACAAGAAGUUCUCAACUAUGGAGGAGUGGCUUCAAUGAUCCCGGAAGUCAAAGACGGUUCAUCAGACAGUGACUCAAGUGCAAUAUUGAACGACGAUAAUAGUCCAAACGCGGCCAUUUCUUCAUCAGGGAUCCUUCAAAAUCAGCCGCAUACUCCCCUGUUAUCUCCAUCAUCUUCUUCAUUAAAGUCGCCAUCUUGCUUCCAGUAUUCAAAAGCAUCAAAUUAUCAAACCCAGUUUGUGAAAAUGGAAGAGCACAAUUUCUUCACAGAGGAGGCUUGUAAUUUCUUCUCUGACGACCAACCUCCAAUUCUUCAAUGGUACUGUUCCGAGCCAUGGAGCUAGGCGUAUAAAGAUAGAAUAGAAAAGAGUUGAAAGAAAGUUAUGUAUGAUUUGACUGAUCUAAGCAAGGAAGGUAAUAGAAUGACGGAGGAAGAUGAAUAUUAUUAUUAUGAAGAAGAAGAAGAA